ACAAGUGAGGAUCUCUGCUAUUCGUUAAAUAUCGAGCAACAAUGUCUGGUCGCGGUAAAGGAGGCAAAGUGAAGGGAAAGGCGAAGUCACGCUCGAACAGGGCGGGAUUGCAAUUUCCCGUUGGUCGUAUUCACCGAUUGCUGAGGAAAGGAAAUUACGCUGAACGCGUCGGUGCCGGUGCCCCGGUUUAUCUGGCAGCCGUUAUGGAGUAUCUGGCCGCUGAAGUGUUGGAAUUGGCUGGCAACGCUGCCCGUGACAACAAGAAGACUAGGAUCAUCCCUCGUCAUUUGCAACUCGCCAUCCGCAAUGACGAGGAAUUGAACAAGUUACUAUCCGGUGUAACGAUUGCUCAAGGUGGUGUCUUGCCGAACAUUCAAGCCGUGCUGCUGCCCAAGAAGACCGAGAAGAAAGCAUAAAUUAUAAUACGGCACACUCAAACAAAACAAAACGGCCCUUUUCAGGGCCACAAAUUUUUAUGACGAUGGAAUAACCUUGUUGUUUGUGACGUCAACACAAAUGUCAUAUUUCGAUUAUUUUGCUUUUGGUUUUUGACAUAUAACAUUUAAGAAUGAUUUUAUUCUUUACGCGUAAUAUAUAUCGAUAUAACUUUGUUGGAAAUACAAAUCGUUGAAAUAUUUAUACAUACAUUUGCUAACCUAAAACCUAAAACUUGGAGCAUUUUGUUACAAGCUGAUUUCAAGAACUUUUGAUGUAAAUGUCUUGAUAUUUAUAAGCGUAUUUGAGACGACUGACUGAUUAUUCUUUGUAAUACAGCGAAAAAAUUUGUAGAAGAACAAUAAGCAAUAUCUAUAUAUAUGUCGAUAUCUAUAUAUACACAUUUAUAAUAAAUUAUACACAUGUAUAUAUAACAACAAACAUACUAAAAGUAGGAUCUAAGGAUAUUGUAUUGCGAGUCCAAGAACAUUUUAGUUCUUUUGUUUUGUAAUUACAAUAAGAAUUUUUUGUAAUUUGAUAAAUAAAGUUUAUAAUUUGAGUAUAA